UGCAAUUGUGAAACAGGCAUCCCUAGUCUGAACAAUAUCUGUGAAUGAUCUUCACAUCUACUAGUUUAUUUUGCUUAUUUUCCACUUGUUAUCUGCACAAUUAUCUUUAUUGUGGUUGUCUAAUAUAUUCAAGUCCAUAUUGUUUUGUGUUAGAUGGCUUAUGCGGUUAUGCCAUGCUCUUCUCGUAGUAUGUUUUUUUUUUGUUUUUUCUGGAGAUGUGUGCAAAAUACUUGAUUAUAUUACUAGAGAACACUAGUACAUCAUCACACGUAGGCAAGUGGCACAAAUAAACAUGGGCUGAAAAGUGAAAACAACUGUAAAAGCAACAAAUUGUUGUAUUUGUUAUUGUUUCUUCUUUGAAGCUGUAGAAUAUUAAUAUAGUUAAAGAAAGUCAAUGUAGCUGAUGUUGUGAUAGUGAUUACCAUUCCCAUUAUUGAGCUUAAGAUUUUAUAUAGUAGGAGGAACUAAACAGUAGACACUCGCCCAUCAAACAGGGAAGGGAAAGAUUCUACGCUUAUAUGUAUGAAUUGACAUUAACAUAUGAGACAUCUUUUUAUGGCCAAACCAUGAGAUUCUGUAUAAAAUGGGUUAAAACAGUCAAUUCAUCAUACAAGCUGACCGUCCAUUUUAAACAUAACCCAUAAAUAGGAUUGUUAAUAAUUAAAAUACUAUUGUUGAAACAGAGCCACCUAUGAGUAGUUUUCACCUUACGUGGACACAGCAAUUUUCAAAUGAACAAGAUAGCUUCAUUGAAAUAAUUCCAUCACUGAGAAAACAACAGGAUCUAUCAGUGAGUAAAUAAUAGGACUUCACAAUCAAAGUGGUGUGGGAUGUUGGACAAGAAUUCUGGAAGUGUCAACCUCAUAAAAAACAAAAGGUGAAAGAUGCAACAUUUGUUUGUCUUUAUCUUAAUGCAAAAUAAUAUGGUUUAGUCCCUUUAAUUAAUAAUAAAUUAACAGAUAAGAAAGAUGUUAUCUGUGGGAUUCUUAUUUAGCAAAAACCUGAUAAUGAGGGAUUAAAAUAUUAUACGGAGAACAAGGAAUACUGCAUAUUGGAGCCUCCGUUGAUACAGUGAAAUGAAGAUGUGGACAAAAAAUGUUCUUCUUUUUGCAGUGAGAAGUUUUCCGACUCAGAGGCCAUAGGAGGAAGAAGCACUGUUUCUUACACUUUUGAGUAAAGAGAAGAAAGAAGCAGCUUUGAUUCUUUCCUGCGAGAGGACAUAUUAAUUUACUUUUUCACAACGAGCUGGCUCUAAUGGAUAUCAUGCCUCUCCGACUUUUAGUUCCACUGGGGAAUGUUGAACCUAUCUUAAAUGACCAAGAAAUGAGCUUUCUUCAUCAGGCCAGCCUGCAACAGAUGGCAGAAGUACUUGAGGAUGAUUAUCAAAAAACGCCUUUUUCCUUCAAGUCUAAAGAGAUUACCACACUCAACAACUUCAACAGUUCAGUGCUUUAUGAUAAACCCAACUUGGGCACUUCCAGACUGGCAACAAAUUUUCUGAAGGUUGAAAAUGAGGACGCUUACACCACCAAACAAGUUUCAGUCAUUGCACAAUGUGCAGCCAAUUCUCCAAAAUAUCUUUCUUUUGGGAAUCCAGAUUCCUUAUCUGAUCUGCAGCAGCUAUACAUAAAUGGUAUUGGAGAAGAAAAGGAUGAGAUGAAUUUUUUGAUCUCUAAGAAACCAAAGCUGAUGAACCAUGAUAUCUCAAGCUUCCAGGCUUCUGGGAGAGCUAGCAUGGGGAAUAACCCACAUUCUUCUUCCCAUGAUCAUAUGAUUGCAGAAAGAAAGCGCAGAGAAAAACUCAAUGAGCAGUUCCUCUCACUAUCAGCUAUCAUCCCUGGCCUGGCAAAGACAGACAAGGCUUCCCUUCUUGUUAGCACAAUCAACUAUCUCAAAGAACUUGUAACAAAGGUGAAAUCCCUCGAACAGAGUAUCAUCGAUGGUCCCGUUGAGUCUGCUAUGCUUAUGAAGGAUGACAAGGCCUCCUUGAUCACCAAUGAGAGCUCCUCAAGUGAUCCUCUCUUUAAAAUUGAGGCAAAGCUGACAGGAAACAUAAUUGUCCUUAAAUUCCAGUGUAAGAACCUUAAAGGACUAGCAAUCAAAGCACUCUCAGAGAUUGAGAAGCUCUUCCUCACCAUAAUUGACCUGAGUAUCAUGCCUUUUUCAAGCUCUUCCCUUGAUGUAGUUGUCAUGGCAAAGGUUGAAGAUGGAUUUUCAUUGACAGUGAAGGAACUAGUUGAAAAAUUAAGUUCAUUUUUCAGCCAAUUCAUAUGAGAAAAGAAAUCAUCGUCUCAUUUGCAUCUCUCUCUCUCUCUCUAACUAGUUGCUGUUGCAUGGCUUCUUCAAUAAUAUGAAUGCAUUGGAAUAUCAUCCAGUGCUUUCAUGUAUGUACAAAGUGAAGAAUAAAAUAUAUCUGUGGGUUAUGCAUGUUCCAUCAGUUGUUUUCUUGAGAUUUUUUUUUAUUUGAAUAAAAGAUACACUAUUAUUA